UCUGACUUUAUUUUUCAAGAAGAGAAGAUGUCACUACAAUAGGAAUUCUGGACAUACCGGGGUUUGAGAACUUAGGAAUAAAUAGAUUUGAGCAGAUGUGUAUUAACUUGCUUAACGACAAACUGCAGGGAUACAUUUUUGAUCAAGUCAUUGAGCAUGAAAAGGACAUUCACGGAGACGAAGAUAUGGAUCCACACCUUUGGGACAUUAAACUGGAAAAUGAUACUGUCGUUGACGUUUUUGAAAAUAAGAUGAUAGGUAUUUGGCAAAUACUAAGUACAGAAUCUUCACCACCCUAUGGUCGAGACGUGCAUUUAGUGACUAGAUUGGAAUGGAACCUCAGAGAUUACACUCCCCAAAUCAUAGAGUUCAGCAAAGGUCGUUCAUCGGAGUUUUGCAUCAAACAUUGCGCAGGGGAGAUUUGGUACAAUUGUGAAAAUAUUCUUGAUAAGAAUCGAGACAAGCUUACAGAUUAUUUGGGAGACGUCGUGAAGAAUAGCAAACACCAGCACAUAAAUUUCUUGUUUUCAGCAGACUUUUCUGGAACUUUCUCAAGGAAUAAUACUGGCCAAAGAAGAAAACCAAAGACUGACCUAAUCUCUUACAGGGAUUCAGUGAAUGAGCUGUUAAAAGAAUUGGAAAGUUCAACUCCUCAUUUUGUCAGGUGUAUAAAACCGAGGGAGGAACAGAGCACCAGUUUGUUUGACAAAGAUGUUGUUGGUAAACAAUUGAGAUAUAAUGGAAUCUUGCAGUUAGCGAAAUUUAGAAAUCACGAACUAUCUGUUCGGAUUCCAAAGAAGAAUUUCAAAAAAAGGUACCAAAUCAUCCCCCCGGAACUGCAUGCAGAGUCUCAAAGAGAAGCUUGCUUUCAAACUGGACAAACCAAGGUUUUCAUGAACGAGGGUAUAGAAAUAUACAACGAGAAGGAACUGAAGAAGAAGAAGAGGCCGAAAGAAGAGGUGAAAACAGAAGAAGAUCAAUUUAGAAGAUUGAGAACAGGAGGACAAUCAACAGGGAGUGAUCUGGAAAAUGAAGUCAAUGAUCAAACAAAUGUUAAACAAUGCCAGUCAAACGACAAGGAAAACAACGAAACGGAAUCAUCUAUACCAAACACUAACUUCAGGCUGAAAACAAAGUUUUGGGAUCGGUUCCAAGUACUUGACAGGGAAAAAAAACAGAAUGAUGUUCAUUCGCAUACAAGUUUUCGAAUCAUCAAAGUUCUGGUGUAUUUUUGUUUAUUCGCAAUUUUGCUGACAUCAUUGGUUAUUCAAAAAAUCACACUUGUGAUUGCAACCUCAAAACUGAAAUCUAGUACAGAAAUGGUUCAAAACUCCACUGGAAAUACAACUGUUAACGAAGAGAUAUCGACAUCCGGGGUACAUAGUCUUCUGUUAGUAUUUGUGAUAUGCACUCCAUAUGUUCUGAACUUCCUUGCAAGUUGUUGGAAAGUAUUGUUUGGAAAUAUGGAACGACCUAGUUUUGCCAGUGUUUUUAUGUGCGUUAUAAUUGAAGCAUUUCACUCAAUUGGACUUUCUAUACUGGUAUUUGAACUCAUGCCGGAACUUGGAGCCGUUCAAAGGAUAUGUGUACUAAAUGCCAUUGCUAUCAUUCCCAGCGUUUUGAAACCAUUUACGGUACGGGAACAAAGGCCGGUCACAACAUGUGGAAAAAUAGCAAUUAUCAUUUUUGAUGUAUUUGCAAUGAUAAUUCAGAUUUCAGUAAUUCCGAUUUUGCUGAUACCAAAAACUGACUUCUUGCCUGAAAAAGAUCAAAUUGAAAUGACUAAAGACAAAGAAGGUAUACCAGGGAUAUUCGAAGGACUUUCUUACCAUUCUUUUAUGUAUAUUACAAUUUUCGCAGUUUUCGUUUUCACGUCUUUGUCCUGGUGGGAAAAUUUUGUCGCUGACAAUGGAUGCAUUUCAAAAAUUCUUCAAGGAGGAAUAAAUAAAAUCAAAGGCGAAUUGCAUGGAAGCAGACCGUAUUUUGGAAUUAUUGUUUCGAUAACAAAGAUAGCAAUGACAACUUUAUCGGCACGCCUUUUGGUUGGAGAGCGCUUGGGACUCCUUAAUCCAGAAUUUUGGUCAGCAGUAGCAAAAUACAAUGACGUUGAACUUUUCUCUGACAUAAUUGUUCUCAUAGUAUCUGCAUUUCUUGGAUAUUAUGCAGCGUACACAGCCUGUAAACUCAAGAUGCAAAUAUUUUCCUUUUCGAUUCCUUGUUUAAUUUCCACUCCCAUUUUUGUUACACUUAUGGUGUAUCAUUGUAAUGACAGCGACAGUUUUCUCUCGGUGAUAUCCUCUAUUAAUUUAGAUAUUGCCUGCGACCAUAAUCAUGGAUUGGAAGACAACUGGCUUCAUAUUGCAGUUAUCACAGCCUGGCUUAUAUCUUUGUAUUGGGUCAGCCAGCACAUUUGGUUUCCCUCACAAGAGCGACUAGCUAAGAUGAAACGUCUGUUUGUGAAUCCCUUGUAUUGUGGAAUUCUAAUAGAGCAACAUUUGGUAAUGAAUAGAAGGCGACGAUUUGAAGAAAUAUCUAAGACGGAAAAGACAAAACCAAAUGACGAGGAGGAUUGUAAUACUAAAAGCAACGAAAACAAUGAUGAGGAUGGUAAUGAACGGGAAGCAGAGAGCAAUGGGGAAAAAAAGAUCUACCCACGUGUCUUUGCGUGCGCUACUUUGUGGCACGAAACACUUAAUGAAAUGAAGCAAUUACUAAAAUCUUUGUACAGAAUUGACAAGGACCAGUCUGAGAGAAAUGACGAUAAUGAAGAUUAUUACGAGUUCGAAGCACAUAUCCUUUUUGAUGACGUUUUCCAAAAGAAUAAUCUGAAUGAAUUUGUAAAAAGUUAUGAAUCUGCUCUGAAUGAAACAGCAAGUUCCGUCCAUGGAAAGGCUAAAAAACUGGAAGAACCCAUAAUUAUUUGUACAGUAUAUGGAGCUCAAGUCAUUUAUCGAAUGCCUUGUGGAAAUCUUAUGUUCAUCCAUCUGAAAGAUGAAACAAAAAUACGAAAGAAGAAAAGAUGGUCACAGGUGAUGUACAUGUAUUAUUUGCUUGGAUAUCGCCUAAGUAUGGAAGUGUAUGCGGAAAUGAAUCAAAGAGGAUGGAAACAAGCAAAGACAUUUAAUCAACUCAUGACACCAAGGGCAAACAACACAUUUCUACUUGCCUUAGACGGUGACGUAGAUUUUUCUCCAGGUUCGUUGAGAAUUCUUGUCGACAGAAUGAGAAAAGACGAUGGAGUUGGAGCUACAUGUGGCCGUAUUCACCCGAUUGGCAGUGGUCCGAUUGUUUGGUACCAAAAGUUUGAGUAUGCUGUUGCUCAUUGGCUUCAGAAGGCUACAGAACACGUGUUAGGAUGCGUGUUGUGUUCCCCUGGAUGCUUCAGUCUUUUCAGAGGUUCGGCCUUGAUGGCUGAAAACGUGAUGAAUAAAUACACACAAUUACCAACGGAAGCAUCACACCAUCUUAUGUAUGACCAGGGUGAGGACCGAUGGCUGUGCACAUUACUUCUACAACAAGGCUUCAGAGUUGAUUAUGCAGCGGGAGCAGACGCCUUUACACACGCCCCAGAGGGAUUUGAUGAAUAUUUCAAGCAACGAAAAAGAUGGGGUCCUUCAACUCUUGCCAACAUUAUGUCUCUUCUUCAGGAUUGUAGAAAUACAGUUCAAGAGAACGCAAACAUAAGUUGGCUUUACAUUGUUUAUCAAGCAUCCUUGUUGGUUGCCACCAUUAUAGGACCAGCUACGAUUAUCAUGAUGAUUGCGGGAGCUUUUGUUGCAGUCUUUGGCGUUGAUCUGAUGAUUUCAUAUAUCGCUUCCCUUGCCCCUGUGAUCCUAUAUUUUAUCAUAUGCGUAACAUGUAAGUCAAAAAUCCAGCUCCUUGUGGCACAGAUUCUCAGUGGAAUCUACGUCAUUAUCAUGAUCGUUGUCUUAGUUGGUGUCAUCAUCACGGCUGUUACUGAAUCACCAUUCCAUCCAAGUGUGGUAUUUCUUUGUGGAAUAAUAGCAAUUUUUAUAAUAGCUGCACUAUUUCAUCCAAGAGAAUGGUAUAAUCUUUUGUUUGGAUUAUUAUAUUUCGUACUGGUGCCAUGCGGUUUUCUCGUUUUGAUAAUUUAUUCAUUAUGCAAUUUAAAUGAUGUGUCCUGGGGAACAAGGGAAAGUAGUAACGCAAAAGGAAAAGCAAAAGAAAAGAAAGAUAUAUUUUCUAAGAUGCUCUCGCCAUUCCGAAAAUUAAAAGGGAAUGAAUCCAAACCAUUUUUGUCUGAGGAUGAGAUAAAAGAACUAGUUGAAAAAAUGAUAGAAGAAAAAAAUCAGACAACCCAAGAUGGAGCUGAAAUAACAAGAAAUACCUCAGGCACAAGCAGACAGCAGAGUGUAGAGAGUAAUAGGUGUGCAGAAAGUAUUAUUAAAGUUAUUUUUAAAGAGGGCAAGUGUAUUGAAAUGACGAAAGAGGAAGAUAAAUUCUGGAAUGAACUCAUAACUACAUGCACGGGAUAA